GACAGGUUUUGGAUAACCAGAGUCGGGCACCUUGGCGUUUGUCAUCUAUAACAGAUUUCUUCUGGUCGAUAGCAGAUUUUGUGGUUCUGUUUUUCCAGAGCAUUAUUCAACCAGAUUUGAGAAGAAGAGGCUACACAUCUUCCUCCUAUUCAGGAUACAAUGACGGAAGAGGGCCUCCAGCACAUCCUCGCCGAAGGAUGGGUCGAAUAAAUCACUGGGGUGGAGGCCCCAGUCCACCACCAAUGGCUGGAGGUGGAUGAGGAAGGUAAAUGCCUGCUGAAGAGGCAGGCAAGAGAGCAUGCACGUUUGCAAGAUGAAAGGGAAGAGGAGUUUAGUGGUGGACCAAAUGAGUUUGAAUGUUGUGAAUGUGUAUGUCUAACUGGAAGCUGUUCUGUGAUACAAGCAGAUCAAUGAAGUUGUACUGGGAACUCCUUCUUCAAGGAUCCAGUGUAACUGAACCGCAGUUUUAUUAAAUACGUGUUUACUGUCUAAAGUCUUUGUAUAGUUCCUGAACAUUUUACUGUAGUUGCAAAGUAAUGAGUAAAUUAUAUUUGGCUUGUCAGAA